CAGUGUAGCGGAAGUAAACAAAACUGGCGCCUCAGUUCCAUCAGUCUGAUUGAACAUGUUUUACUUUCGUUAUGACAUUUCCCCGUUGUUUGUCGGUGCUGUGAGUUGGUCCAUUAUGGAGGCUAUGCUGAACGGAGACUGCAGCUCUCAGGCGUCCGCGGACUCCAUCAGUCUUCAUGAUUUCUCGGAGAAGUUUCUGGAACAGCGCGUUUCAUUCAACCUGAUGAAGCUGAGCGGCGGAUUCUUCCUCUGGGUCGGAACCGCGACAAACCGCCUGAUCUCCAACCUGGCGGUGUCCAUCCUCAGCAGAACCGAUUCAUCUCCUCUGUCCACUCUGGUUCUGGGAGACACAUCUGACACUACAGCCAGUGCACUGGCACAGAGACUCACAAAGAAGACAAAGAAACAGGUAUUCGUGAGUUACAAUUUACCAGUGACGGACUCAAACCUGCUGCUGCUGGUGGAGAACAGGAUCAAACAGGAGAUGGAGCUUCAUCCUGACAAGUUUUAAACAGUCACUCUUUAACUUGACACUGCUUUUUUUGUACACAGUUCAAUAAAAAUCAUGCACAAAUAA